AUGUUCAGACUCAAAGAGCUUCAGAAGAAGCAGCAACAACAGCAGGCAGCAGCUGCAGCAGCACCAACGAAUGGAACUGAGACAACGACAACAUCAGCGGCAGCUUCAACAACUGCACCAUCAUCACAGACAGAGGUCACAGAGAUGAAGAGACAGAACUCCAACGAUUUGAAGGAGAUCAGAAGACAAAAGUCCAAAGAGAGCUACUUCUCACUCAAGACCAAGCAGUCGUCAGACCUCAACUCUGGAGGAAAGAGAGCCAACCCAGCAGAGCUUCGUGCUCAGAAAGACGUCGACGAGAUGGAGCUGCCACCUGGUUGCAAGGUCCACUUCAAGGAUACCAACGAUAUCCUUAACUUCACAUUAGACGUUACUCCAACUGAUGGUCUCUAUCAGAAUGCUACAUUCAAGUUUACGAUUAAUAUUCCAAACACCUACCCAUACGAUCCACCCAAGGUUCACUGCGACACAUUAGUAUAUCAUCCAAACAUUGAUUUAGAAGGUCAUGUUUGUUUGAACAUUCUAAGGCAAGACUGGAUGCCAGUGCUCAACAUUGGCACCGUCAUCUUUGGUCUCAUGACCCUCUUUUUGGAGCCCAACCCAGAUGAUCCUUUGAACAAGGAGGCUGCACAAUUGAUGAUAGACAACAACAAGAGCUUCGAAGCAAAUGUGAGGUCUUCAUUGCGUGGAGGAUACAUAUCAAAUCGCCAGUUCCCCAAGCUCUUGUAA